UAAAGCAUCGGGCGUUGCACAGAAACUCUGAAUUGCGGUUCACAUUGCUACGCUUGCUUAAAUGUGAUUUGAUAUUUAUAGAAGGAUUUUAUGAUAUUCAAAAGGUCAAAGGGUCUUUCUCAGGAGGUGUAAUUUGGAAGUGUUGUGUGUCCUCGUGACUAUUAACAGAACAGUGAAUUUAGUAAAAUACACAGGAGCUAGAUUGUGCAAGGCCUUAAAAACAAGUGUCCUAUAAAGUGGAACUGGCAACCUGGCACCUUUCCCGAACAGUGCUAGUAGAAAUGGCAGACAGUCUGGGGUAAAAGUGAGAAAGAGGGAAAGGGAAGCACGAGCAGGUGAAUAGAGUGCAUAGUGUUUUGCGGGCUUGGGUCAGGUUUCUGGGUCAGUUCUGGUAACGGUUCAGUCUGGGUGACUGUAACUGUGAAGCACUGGGCCAGAACCGUAGUGCACACCCCCUGCUCUACUCUAAACUGCACUGCCUUCAGUCUUCAGUGUCUGAGCUGGAUCAGAGGGAAACGGCUGAAGACACUGGACACGAGACGAGCCUGCUGUCUGACAGAAAAUGGGGAUGAUCUUUGAACGCGCUCUCUUCAUAACUGUGAUAGCACUGACCUUUAUAAACCUGUGUGACACCAUCAAGCCCACUCAGAGGCCAAAGUACCAGUACACCAAGAAACCCCCUCGAGAGCUGGUCCAAACCACUGUUUAUGUAGGCAAGCCUACGGUAACCGCACGGAUUGUGGACUUCACCAAAACAAGAGAGCGCUUCCCUGUGCAUGUCACAGAGAGCACUACAGUUCCUGCUGACAGCUAUAUAGACUACCCUACAGACACCACGGCAUCUCCCACCACGGCCAAAGACAAUUACACACUAGACUACAAUGAAUGCUACUUCAACUUCUGUGAGUGCUGCCCUCCAGAGAAAGGACCACAAGGCUUCAAAGGAGAUAUAGGACUGUCAGGUCCACCUGGAGAAAAAGGAGCACCUGGACCCAAAGGUAUGCCGGGCCCAAUAGGGCCAAAGGGCUUUUCAGGAUCUAAAGGGGAUAAAGGAGAGAAAGGUGAUCAAGGAAAUAUAGGACUUACUGGAUAUCCAGGCAUCCAGGGAAAGGCUGGAAUGAAAGGUGAGAUGGGUAUUAAAGGUGAGAAGGGUGCAGCUGGACUGCAAGGAUUCAAAGGUUCGAAAGGAGAAAAAGGAGACCCAAAUUUGAAUGUGUCAAAAGGUGAUCAGGGAGAGCCAGGCAAAGAUGGACAACCAGGACCCCAAGGCAUGACUGGUGAAAAGGGUGAAAAAGGUGAUAGAGGAGAGUGCGGUUUACUUGGAGAGAGGGGCCAGAAAGGUGAGCCUGGUGAUCCUGGACCACCAGGCGUGCGUGGAGACCCUGGUCCAUCUGGGCAACACGGCAUGCACGGGACUCCAGGAAUCGCCGGAGAACGCGGGGAACCAGGAAUUCCCGGAGCAAAGGGUGAACCAGGAGCACGGGGACCAGCAGGAGUCAAAGGUAUACGAGGUCUGAGAGGAAUGAAGGGUGACCGUGGCCCCCAAGGGAAACAUGGAGACCGAGGCCUACAGGGAAUGAAGGGCUCAAUGGGUCAAAGUGGAUCAAGAGUACGGUCUGCUUUCAGCGUCGGCUUAUAUCCAAGCAAGUCUUUUCCCCCAUCAGGACUUCCAGUUCGCUUCGACAAGGUCUUCUACAAUGGAGAAAACCAUUACGACGUAGUCACAAGCAAAUUCAACUGCACCUACUCAGGAGUUUAUGUGUUCUCCUACCAGAUCACGGUGAGAAACAAGCCUCUGCGUGCUUCUCUGGUGGUGAAUGGAGUGCGUAAGGUACGUUCGAGAGACACCCUACAGGGUCAAGACAUUGACCAGGCAUCCAAUCUAGUGAUCCUGAAGCUGGAUGUGGGAGACCAGGUGUGGGUAGAGACGCUGAGAGACUGGAACGGUGUCUACUCCAGCAGCGAGGAUGACAGCACCUUCUCUGGAUUCUUGCUCUAUUCUGACUAACACUUUCUUCAUGGCUAGAUCUUGAACUGAACUUUACAUGACAUGGACAUGGACAUGGUAGAAAUUUAUGACCAAUUACAGUAGAUGUAGUGUUUUAUCAUAGAGAGACAGAAGUGUACGGUUUAAACGAGUAUUAAAAUGAGUAUCCCAUUCUGUUAACUACAUCAGAUAGGCUAAUUUGAUUUCAAAGUUAAAUUUGGACAGGGGAAAAAAAAAAAAAACAUUGAAACUACAUAUUCACAAAAUUGUCAUACAGUGUACGGUAUGCGUUGUGAGAGCACUGUGCAUCUCUUUUUAUCAAUUGUUUUAAACAUUCAGUACAUGUUAAAACUUUCUGAUGAGGAAGUAGUUGUUUUAAUUAGAUAAGUCUUUUUUUUAAUUAUUUAGCUUUUAAGUAUAUGUCUUUAUUUACCACUCAGAUAUCAAACAGUUUGACAAAAAAAGUGUGAUUUGAAUCAUUCUGACAAUGUUUUUGUUAUGUGCCAUUUAAGCUUCUUGUUGAUUGGUUACAUAUUAAUAAGCCUCUAUGACAUAUAGACAGGUAUAUUGAAUUUUCCACUCAACAUUAUAUUUCAAAGAGGAAUCAUUCCAUAAACAGUUCAUUACUCAUAAGGUCAACAAAAUAAACAUCAAAUCAUAUGUUAUGUAUUGUAUGAAUUACAAAUCACAAUGUAGACUUUGGGUUGAUGGGUUUCUGAGCACUAAAGUAAUAAAAUCAAGCAGAAAAUAUCACUUUGAUUAAUGCUCCACUUUCCUCACAACAAAGUGAAAAUGUACAAUGUCGGCAAACAAAAUUAUGGUAGAACUUUAAGGAGCAGUUCUCACUAUUAACAAGAAUACUAGCAUUUUGGCUGUUUAUUAGUACUUUUUACAUGUUCGUCUGCCCAUCCAGUCCUGAUGGUUAAUGGUAAACGAUUUUGGCUUGCUGUCCUUAAUGGAGGCUUGAACACUAUUAGUUAAUAGUGAGAACUGGACCUUAAAAUGAAGUGUGACCAAAACCACAUUUAAAUCUGAAUCUUGCUUUAAUGCAGCAUCAUCAGGAACCUGGCUGAUGGAUUUAUAAGACUCAAAAAUGACCUAAAAAGGAAGCUUUUUGGAAAAGACAGAAAUGAAGUUUGAUAUGUUCCAAUUUUAAGUCCUGUUCCAAAGGCUUAUGGGCUAUUUAAGGCAAAUCGAGGAAGCUCGAUUGAUUUUUGAAACAGAGGGAUACAAAUUAAAUAUUGUAGCCACUUACAUUAUGAGGUCAACACCGGCCUCAGGUCCAGAUCAAGAAUUCUCACUUUGCCUUUGCAGGUACAGUAUAGUAUAUGUCCCAGCAUCUUGUUUUCCAACCUGAUGUUAUGUGUGUGUUGGAGGACGAGUCAGGUGCCAACCAAGUGGUGUUUUCAUGAUGUAGUAUCCUACGAUAAGGUUUUUGCCAUUUACAUGCAACUGGGUGUUACACCCUACAAAAUAUUGACCUGCCCAGGCACAGGCACCAACUGAGGAGUGUUCACCAAGUGUUCAGUUCACCUGAUAUUAAACAUUUAAUUGUUGCACUCAGUGUAAAUCGAGAUCGUUUGUGUUAUUUUCAUUUUACCCACACUCGAGGUCUCACCUCAGAAACAGUCACAUGAGUCAUAAUAGACUGGGCAGAGUGCAAUUUAUGACCUUGCAUCCCUGAGGUAAACGCCACCAUCUCAAGAGUCAAAAUAACUAAAACCAACCGUUUAC